GCUGGCGUUAUGCACAGAGGAGCUACAAGAUGGCGCAGGCAAUAUUUGAGGUUCUGGAAGGGAUGGACAAUCAGACGGUGCUUAAUGUCCAGUCAUUGUUGGACGGUCAAGGUGGUGUUUUGGAUCCGGGAACACAGAAUGUCUCAGGAACGACCAUCCAGCCAAUGGACGAUGACGAUGUCUUUCUGUGUGGGAAAUGUAAAAAACAGUUCAACUCUUUGCCGGCGUUCAUGACUCACAAGAGAGAACAGUGUCAGUCCAACACGCCGUCACUGGCCACCGUCUCUCUGGCCUCAAACAACGCCUACACCUCCGUCCCGUCCAUUAGCACCGGACCGCAGCUCCCCACAAACAGACAGGUGUCAACGUACAUCACCGUACCGCAGUCGCCGCUCACACACACGCUGGUCCAGGGGAAUGUCUUGGUCAGCGAUGAGGUUUUGAUGUCGGCCAUAUCAGCGUUCAGCUCUCUGGAUCAGCCGAUGGCGGCCAUGCAGGGAUCAGCACAGAGCAAUCUCAGUAUGCACGCGGGAACCUCGUACCUCCAGCACCAUCAGCAACCUCCACAGCCCCUCCCUCAAACACAGGCCACGCCCCUUUCCUCACAGGUGCCCUCCAGCCACAGUAAUUCAGUAGUGCAGGUGUACAGCACACUGCCCCCUAUGGCCGGAGGCGGGACUGCAGAAGUGCCUGCACUGGGGCUUCAGUCAUUUCAGUCCAUUCAGGUCCCCAGUCAGUGUGUGGAGGGUCAGGUGUUCAGCGCCGCUCCGGUUUACAGCCCAGGAAAACAGACCAACAAAAACAAGACGUGCACCAUCAGCGCAAACCUCUCCGAGCUGGGCGAAUAUGACAAGGUCAUCAUCCCUAAGAGAGCCAGAACCUCCAAGAAAACACAGGAUGCAGGCCAAACUAAAGGAAAAGCCCAGAAGCUCAAGUGCAAUUACUGUGACAAAGUGUUUACCAAGAACUUCGACCUCCAGCAGCAUAUUAGAAGUCACACGGGUGAAAAGCCCUUUCAGUGUAUCGUGUGCGGCCGUGCCUUCGCUCAGAAGUCCAACGUGAAGAAACACAUGCAGACACACAAGGUCUGGCCCGCUGGAGUUCACAGCACUGCAUCCAGGAUGCCCAUCACCGUACGUGUGCUUCCUCUUAAUAGUGAUGAAAACUCACAGCAGACGGAGGAAGACAGGCAAGACCAAGAUUACCAACCUAAAGAUCAUCUGGUUUCGUCUCCAGCCAUUGAAGAGCAGGACACUGAGGUCCAGGAGACGCAGGGUUCGGUAGAAGGGAAACAGAGCAGCGGGGCGAACCAGAACAAGCAGAUCAUCCUCAUCGACAGCUCGUAUCAGUGCCAGUUCUGCUCGGCCAAAUUCAGCACUUACUUUCAGUUGAAGUCUCACAUGACGCAGCACAAGAACGAACAGGUGUACCGCUGUGUGGUGAAGAGCUGCUCUCAGACAUUUCAGAAGCUGGAUCAGUUUUUGGAGCACAUCCACACACACCAGGAGCAGUUGACGUACCGCUGUCACCAGUGCAGUAAAGUCUUCCUGUCACUCUUUGAUCUCGGCCUUCACCAGUACUCACACAGCUUCUGUCCGCAGCAGAACCAGCGCAAAGAGACCAACUACUACAGAUGUAUGAAGUGUCAGAGUAAAUAUUCCACACAGGAAGCACUGGAACAACACCUGCUGAACGCCACACACAACUACCCCUGUCCACACUGCCAGAAGGUGUUUCCAUGCGAGAGGUAUUUCCGCAGGCAUCUCUCCACUCACGGCGUCGGAGGCAAAUUCAAAUGUCAGAUCUGUAAAAAGUUCUUCAAAACCGAGCACUACCUCAAACUACACACAAAGAUCCACUCAGGAGAGAAGCCGUAUAAAUGCUCCGUCUGUGAGGCCACGUUCAACAGAAAGGACAAAGUAAAGAGACACAUGCUGAUCCACGAACCCUUCAAGAAGUACAAGUGUCCCUUCAGGACUCAUGUGGGCUGCACCAAAGAGUUCAACAGACCCGACAAACUCAAAGCUCACAUUCUCUCACAUUCAGGUAUAAAGCCGUACAAGUGUCAGUUCUGUCAGAAAUCGUUCAGUCGUCGCGCUCACAUGCUGGAGCAUCAGCGCUCACACACCGACAACUACCGCUUCCGCUGCACCGCCUGCAACAAGGGCUUCACCCGCCAGAAAUACUACAGAGACCACAGGUGCCCGCUGGCGGGGGCCGGGCAGGGUGCAGACGGGACGCCGGGACGGGACAACAGCAGCCAGGACACAGGAGACGGAUCUCCCGCCGCGGAGCCUGACGAACGUGGAGAAACCGAAGAGGAGGGUGAGGAUAAUGACGGCCAGGCGCAGCAGGAUGAAGAACGUGAGCAGAUGAGAGAAGAGGAGGACGAGGAAGAGAGGAGCGAGACGAGACUGGAUCACAUGCAGGAAGACGAUGGCGCCGUCAGAUUGCUGUCUGAACCCAUGUGCUUCCAGACGGGCGACUGAUCAACAGGCUGCUUUUACAGACUUGACAAAUCAUGUUGUUUACGAAUAGCAUAAAUGAUGUUUUCUAUCAUUGUUAAGGGUUCAGAUCCCUGUUGCUGAUCUUUAAUAUUCAGUUUGUUUUAUAUUAAAACAUUAUUGUAAGCUGAUUUCUGUUUUCUCGCAUUUGUUGAGAUGGAUUCAGACUGUAACCUGAUCAAUACGGUUUCAAAUAAAUAUC